AUGGUGGUCGCAACUAUCAAAUGCGUGGUCGUCGGUGAUGGUGCUGUUGGAAAGACAUGUCUUCUCAUCAGCUACACCACAAACAAGUUCCCCUCCGAAUAUGUUCCCACGGUCUUCGAUAACUAUGCCGUCACUGUUAUGAUCGGCGACGAACCAUACACCUUAGGACUCUUCGAUACCGCUGGACAAGAAGAUUACGAUCGUCUACGACCCCUAUCAUACCCUCAAACCGAUGUCUUCCUGGUCUGCUUCUCCGUAACAUCCCCUGCAUCCUUCGAGAACGUAAGAGAGAAAUGGUUCCCCGAAGUCCACCACCACUGUCCUGGUGUCCCCUGCUUGAUUGUUGGCACUCAGACAGAUUUAAGAGAGGAUCCCAGUGUACGGGAAAAGUUGGGCAAACAGAAGAUGAGCCCAGUCAAGAAAGAGGAUGGAGAGAGGAUGGCAAAGGAGCUUGGCGCUGUGAAAUAUGUGGAGUGCAGUGCUUUAACACAGUAUAAGCUGAAGGACGUCUUUGAUGAGGCAAUCGUCGCUGCUCUCGAACCUCCGGCACCGAAGAAGAAGCACUCGAAGUGCAUGAUUCUCUAA